AUGGAACAGGCUCUGCAAUAUCGUAAAGCUUCUGGACGUAGUAUGAGUUCUGGUCUAUUAUAUGUGGUUAUUGAACAGGCGCAUAAUCUACCUUGCGUAAAACAACUUCAAGAACCAUCACCAUUUUGUAAUCUACAUUUGGGACGUGAUUAUCAAUCGAAUGAUGUAAAGGAGAAAACACAAAAUCCUGUUUGGAAUUCUGUUCAUCACUUUCUUGUUAGUGAUCCUAAUGUCGACAUUCUACAAUUGAUUAUUCGAGACAAUCGAACCGAAACAAAAUUAGGCGCUUGCAAUAUCCCGCUUAAGAUGUUAUUAACACAGAAGAAUAUGUCUGUUACACGACCAUUCACUCUACAAGAUACAGGUCGUGAAACAUCAACUAUUUAUUUACAUUUACAAUUAUUGGUUUUACUUCCUGGACAACGACAAAGUGCCAAUAGUUAUAUUAAUACAGAUAUAAAAAGUGGUCAGUCUACUGAAGGACAUCAGCAGAAGCCAAUUGCUGCUGCCGCUGCUACUACUCCAAUUAAUAAGUCUGAUGAAGUAUCUGUGGAGAAUGAAGACAUGGCUGUUAGACAACGUAAAUCUGAGAAUGAUGAUAUGGUUUCUUCAACAGAAUCCUUAUCAACCAACUUCAGUGUACAGUCAGCUCAACAACAGAUGACGAAUCAUCUUAGCGGCAGUAUGCAACAAAUAAGCAAUUCAUCUUUGGGACGUAUACGCCUAACUAUUCAAUAUCAUACCAAUUCAAAUUCUUUAGAAGUAACAGUACACGAAGCUCAGCAUUUAACUGGUGUUGAUAAAGAUGGAUUGUCUGAUCCAUACGUAAAACUUUAUCUAUUGGAUUUGCAUGGAAAUGUGGUCAGUGAUUCAAAGAAGACAAAAACACUGAAAGAUAAUUUAAAUCCAGUAUACGAAGAAAAUUUCCAAUUUCCAGUUGAAGCUGAACACCUUCCUCUGACUAUUUUAAGGCUUGAUGUAAAAAAUCAUGUGGGUCGAUUUACACGUAGUGGGAAAACACAUUUUAUGGGAACUGUGUGUAUAAAUCUUAUUGAUUCUGUAGACGGAAAUGCUGAGACAAAAUGGUACGAUCUAGCCUCACCUACUUUCCGCUAAUAAAGGAGUCAUCAGCUGUUUCACCUGUAAUACGCGAACCUCUAUUUCCUUCCUACUUACUCAUUGUCAUUCAUUCAUUAAUACAGCUAGAUAUUUGUUGAUAUUCUAAAAUCAAUUUAUGCGCGCCUGCUUUCUAGCAUCUAAUAUAUUUAUAUAUAUGUCUCUCACACAGUUACUCCUUCCUUUCAUCGACAUCUGCUGAUGUAAAACCUCUAUAGACUCCAUUAAUUGACACUUGCUUUUCAUGUGUUGUUUUCUUUCCAUCUGCCAAUAAUUGUGUGUAUUUAUUAUAUUUGCCAUAUUAAUAAAAAGAAGUAUCCUUAAAUAA